CUGCUGUCAGCGUCGUAACUGGCCCAUGACGGCCACCAUAACAUAUAACAUCCCACUCGUGGCUGCACUAGGAGCCGUUUCGUGUGGCCGAUCAGUAACUAGCCGUACCUGAGAAGAUUUGCCAUGGAUGUCGUAUUUGAUGUCGCAGUGUUGACGUCUGCUGCCAGAUUAGGCUUAUGUAGGAGAGAUAGUGGUUUACUCCUCGAACCACUCCCAAUUCAAGAUAGCGAGCCAUCGACCACACCAAUGUUUUUGGAAGAGCCACAAGAUACUUAUGCCCUCCGAAAUUGUGCUGCAAGAUUAUGGUGCAAAGCUCGUCAUGCCCUCCAUGUUUAUUAUCUCUGCAACAGUAAAGAAAUGCAUCACGCAAAUGAACAGCAAUACAUCGAUCCCACGACAGGAAUAUCACAAGUAGAAGUCAGCCUUGACAUCAGUAGAGAUGAAGUGGAUGAGUAUUUCGAUUUGUACACGUGUUUCUGUCAUGCUUGGUCUUCUACCAGUAAAAUUAAGAGCAGAAAAGCCAUCGUUAGAGCUUCCUACUUGAAAAAAAUCUUCAUCAAUCAGCCUUUGAGUACCAGCGUUGAGAUUGAUGGUCGGGUUUCUCUCCAGUGUUUACCACCCGACGGUGUACUGACUCCAGAAAUGUUCUGGCUUAAGAACGGGGAGCAGAUCGACACGUACAAAGAUCCUAAUUUUAUUAUUUCCAACNACUGGAUUAUUGGACCAAUUAGUAAUAUUAUGCUUCUANUGGGUAAUUACACUUGCGGUGUGAGAAACUUGGCCAAUCAAAGACUCAUCGAAACUGCCGUUUUGACCGUAUACGUUAAUGGAGAAUGGUCAUCGUGGAGCCCUUGGAACGAGUGCAGUGUUAGGUGCGGUCGUGGAAUUCAAACGAGACAUCGACUCUGCACCAAUCCUGCCCCAUUAAAUGGAGGAGAACAGUGCCUAGGUGAUGCCACACAAAGGAUCGACUGCACCAAUUUGUGCCCUCCUGAAGACGGUCAAUGGACGAGUUGA